AUGGCUUUGAAUAAGCUUACAGCCUUCUACCGGUCAUGUCUUUUCCAGAUCAUCAUCGUUGGUCUGGUCGGCUUUUGUGAACCUGGUAUCUGGACAGCUUUGAACAACCUUGGAGCUGGUGGUAAUGCCAGUGCAACAUUGAACAAUGCUGCAAACGCCUUAACAUACGGAUUAAUGUCAAUAGGAUGCGCCCUCUGCGGAGGCGUCUCAAAUUACAUAACUCCGAAGUGGACACUGGUACUCGGAGCUGCAUUUUAUACACCUUAUGCUGCUGGCCUUUACUGCAACAACCGAUUUGGAAACGAAUGGUUCCUGCUUCUGGGUGCUGGCUUGUGUGGCGUGGGUGCCUCUCUGUUGUGGGCUAGCGAGGCUGCUAUAGCCGUAGGAUACCCCGAGGAAGCUAAGAGAGGAAAGUAUGUCGGCAUCUGGAUGGGCAUUCGCCAGCUUGGGCCACUUGUUGGUGGUGCUAUCUCUCUGGCCAUCAACGUCAACACGGCUCAUACUGGCAAGGUCAGCUACAAAACCUAUCAAGGCCUCAUUGCUAUCUCCUCUCUUGGUGCUCCAUUCGCUCUACUCUUGUCGCAACCUAGAGAUGUGAUCAGGAGUGAUGGAACAGCAGUACCGUAUUUGCGAAAGACGAACGUUGCUAUCGAGGCUCGUGGCAUCUGGAAACUGUUGAGAACUCCUUACCUCGUGUUGCUCUAUCCGAUCUUCCUGGCAGGGCAGUUUGGCACGACCUAUCAAGGAAAUUACUUGACCAACAACUUUACGGUCCGCUCAAGAGCUCUGGCUUCGUUCCUCAGCGCAGUCGUCGGCUUGACAGCCAAUCUUCUUACCGGCGCGCUCCUAGAUUUGAAGCUGACUGCGACCAUCAAAUCUCGAGCUAUUUACCUAGGCAUUGCCAUCGUCGUAACCGCAGCCUGGAUCUGGAAUGCCGUCGUCGAAGUCGACAUCUCCAAUCGCUCGACAGCACCAGAUCUCGACUUGGGUGGUGGCGGAUUUUUCAACUCCGCAUUUGCCGUUUACAUCCUGUUCAAGUUCUUCUACGAAGCCAUGCAGACGUACAUCUACUGGCUGUUGGGCGCGAAGAAGGGCACACAAAAGAACGGGGAAGUCUCUCGAAUGACUGGUAUUAUGCGAUCCUGGGAGUCGAUCGGUUCUGCAAUCGCAUAUGGUAUUGGUGCGUCGAGCGUGUCGAACCGCAACCAGAUGAUUAUCGCCUUUGCCCUGUGGAUAUUCACCAUUCCGCCAACAUUGAUGGUGGUGUUUGGAAAGUGGGAUCUGACAGUGGAUGAUGGAGAGAAGGGCGACGAUUCAGAUCAAGAUGGAGAAUCGAGUGGCAGCGAUGUAGGUGCCGCUGCUGUCAUUACGACAGAGUCGAAGGUUUGAAGCCAACCCGCGUUUCUCCAAACGAGGACUUUCGAAAGCAAAAGCUUUAUAGAUGAACUAGGGUCGGCAUAUGCGCGAAGGAUCAAGCCGAUGCAGCACAAUGCGGGUCAGCAAUAUGAAGCUGACUGCGUACCAAUAUGGGGGAUCUGCAGGAUUGAGGACCACACCUUGGCGGGAUCCUAAGGCAACGUUGAUGAAUAAGACUCAACGCAUUUCUAAUGCUUUCAUUCUCCUGACUGUAAAUUAGCAACGAUGUCGCUGAUUGCUGAG